AUGAUUUUAGUUACUUCAGUAGAACUCUCAGCUUCAAAGGGACUGUUCAAAUGCUUUUUGAGCAAGGAUUCUUGUUCUACAUGGGGUGGAGGCCAUUUUUCAACCUUUGAUAAAUACCAGUAUGACUUCACUGGGACUUGUAACUAUAUCUUUGCAACUGUAUGUGAUGAAACCAGCCCAGACUUCAACAUUCAGUUCCGCCGUGGGAUGGACAAAAAAAUUGCAAGGAUCAUUAUUGAGCUUGGACCUUCUGUUGUCAUUGUUGAGAAAGGCAGCAUUUCUGUCAGGAGUGUUGGAGUUAUUAAGUUGCCUUAUACUAGCAAUGGAAUUCAAAUAGCGCCUUAUGGACACAACAUCCGCCUGGUUGCCAAGCUGAUGGAGAUGGAACUAGUUGUCAUGUGGAACAAUGAUGACUAUCUCAUGGUUUUGGCUGAAAAAAAGUACAUGGGGAAAGUCUGUGGAAUGUGUGGAAAUUAUGAUGGUUAUGAAUUGAACGAAUUUGUGCGUGAAGGUAAAUUGCUGGAUACAUACAAAUUUGCUGCAUUACAAAAAAUGGAUGAUCCAUCAGAGAUCUGCCUGUCUGAGGAGAUACCAAUUUCCACCGUUCCUCACAAAAAAUACGCCAUGAUCUGCUCUCAGCUACUUAAUUUGGUGUCACCAACCUGCAGUGUGCCAAAGGACGGGUUUGUCAUUCGUUGCCAGCUUGAUAUGCAGGACUGCAGUGAGCCAGGACAAAACAGCUGUGCUUGCUCUACACUGUCAGAAUAUUCAAGGCAAUGUGCUAUGUCCCACCAAAUGGUGUUCAACUGGAGAACUGAAAACUUCUGUUCUGUGGGAAAAUGUUCUGCAAACCAAAUCUAUGAGGAAUGUGGUUCUCCAUGUAUUAAAACCUGUUCCAACCCAGAGUACAGCUGUUCCAGUCACUGUACCUACGGCUGCUUUUGUCCAGAAGGAACUGUUCUUGAUGAUAUCUCCAAGAAUCGAACGUGCGUUCACAUUAGCCAGUGUCCAUGUACACUGAAUGGGAAACCAUAUGCUCCUGGUGAGACAAUGAAAGCAACAUGUAGGACCUGUAAAUGUAUGAUGGGUCAAUGGGACUGCAAAGAUUUGCCCUGUCCUGGAAGGUGUUCGCUGGAAGGAGGCUCCUUUGUUACCACGUUUGAUUCUAGGUCAUACAGAUUCCAUGGGGUUUGCACUUAUGUUCUCAUGAAGAGUGCCAGCCUGCCACACAAUGGAACCCUAAUGGCAGUAUAUGAAAAGACUGGUUAUUCUCAUUCCGAAACGUCACUUAGUGCUAUAAUUUACCUAUCCACAAAGGACAAAAUUGUGAUUUCUCAGAAUGAUCUCCUCACAGAUGAUGAUGAACUUAAGCGGCUACCUUACAGAUCAGGAGACAUUACUGUUUUCAGGCAGUCCUCAAUGUACAUUCAAAUGCAUACAACUUUCGGGCUGGAACUUGUAGUUCAAACAUCACCUGUGUUCCAGGCCCACGUGAAAGCUGGAUCACAAUUCAAAGGCAGAACACUAGGUUUGUGUGGCAAUUACAAUGGAGACACUACAGAUGACUUCAUGACUAGCAUGGAUAUCACUGAAGGGACAGCCUCCUUGUUUGUAGAUUCCUGGAGGGCAGGAAAUUGCCAUCCUGCUUUAGAGAGAGAGACUGACCCUUGUGCUUUGAGUCAACUAAACAAAAUAUCUGCUGAGACUCAUUGCUCCAUUCUUACUAAGAAGGGUACAGUGUUUGAGAAAUGCCAUGCUGUGGUCAACCCUAUUCCUUUCUACAAGAGAUGUGUCUACCAGGCCUGUAACUAUGAAGAGACCUUUCCACACAUUUGUUCUGCUCUGGGAUCAUAUGCACGAGCAUGCAGUUCAAUGGGUUUAAUCCUUGAGAACUGGAGAAGCAGUAUGGACAAUUGCACCAUUACUUGCACUGGCAAUCAAACAUUCAGCUACAACGCUCAGGCAUGUGACAGGACAUGCUUGUCACUCUCCAACCGAGCCCUGGAAUGUCAUCCAACUGAUAUUCCUAUUGAAGGCUGCCAGUGCCCUAAAGGACUGUACUUGAACCACAAGAAUGAGUGUGUUCGUAAAUCUCAUUGUCCCUGCUAUUUGGAAGAUAGAAAAUACAUCCUGCCUGACCAGUCAACAAUAACUGGUGGGAUCACCUGCUACUGUGUUAAUGGAAGGCUAAGUUGCACGGGCAAACCUCAAAAUCCUGCAGAAAGCUGCAAAGCUCCUAAGAAAUACGUAUCAUGUUCUGACAAUUUAGAAAACAAGUAUGGAGCUACAUGUGCCCCUACCUGUCAGAUGCUGGCUACUGGAAUUGAAUGUAUACCAACUAAAUGUGAAUCGGGCUGUGUCUGUGCUGAUGGCCUGUAUGAAAAUCUCAAUGGCAAGUGUGUUCCAGCUGAGGAGUGUCCAUGUGAAUAUGGUGGCCUUUCUUAUGGAAGAGGUGAACAAAUCCAAACGGAAUGUGAGAUCUGCACUUGCACAAAAGGCAAAUGGAAAUGUGUUCAGAAAUCAAGGUGUUCCUCAACUUGUAACCUUUAUGGAGAAGGCCACAUCACCACUUUUGAUGGACAGCGUUUUGUGUUUGAUGGCAACUGUGAAUACAUAUUAGCUACGGAUGGCUGCAGUAUUAAUAGACCUGUUUCCUCUUUCAAAAUUGUUACUGAGAAUGUCAUCUGUGGGAUAUCAGGAGUUACAUGCUCCAGAUCCAUCAGCAUUUACCUUGGGAAUUUGACAAUCAUACUGAGAGAUGAAACCUUCACUAUUUCUGGGGAAAAUCCUAGUGUACAAUAUCAUGUGAAAAAGAACGCCCUUCACCUGAUGUUUGAUAUCAUUAUCCCAGGAAAAUACAACAUGACCCUUAUUUGGAAUAAGCACAUGAACUUCUUCAUCAAGAUUUCCAGAGGAACACAGGAAACUAUAUGCGGUUUGUGUGGGAACUAUAAUGGCAAUAUGAAGGACGAUUUUGAAACUCGAAGCAAGUAUGUGGCAUCAAAUGAAUUGGAAUUUGUCAAUUCUUGGAAAGAGAAUCCUCUCUGUGGGGAUGUAUACUUUGUAGUGGAUCCCUGUAGCAAGAACCCCUAUCGUAAAGCAUGGGCAGAAAAGACAUGUUCUGUCAUCAACAGCCAGGUUUUUUCUGCCUGUCACAAUAAGGUGAAUCGGAUGCCCUAUUAUGAGGCCUGUGUUCGAGACUCUUGUGGGUGUGACACUGGAGGGGACUGUGAAUGCAUGUGUGAUGCCAUUGCAGUCUAUGCCAUGGCAUGUUUAGAGAAAGGUAUCUGCAUUGACUGGAGGACCCCUGAGUUCUGUCCUGUCUAUUGUGAGUACUACAAUUCUCAUAAAAGAACAGGAGCUGACAGUGCUUAUUCCUCUGACUACAAUGAUGACAAAUGCACCUGGCAUUACAGGCCUUGUAAUUGCCCAAAUCAAAACUACAAAUAUGUCAACAUUGAAGGUUGUUACAACUGCUCUCAUGAUGAAUACUUUGACCAUGAAGAGAACAGGUGCAUGCCAUGUGGAGAAGAAAGCACUAACACCACACUUGAAACAUCUUCACCUUCACCAGUAACAACAGUGCAGCCUAAAGUAACAGGAAGCUCUGCUGCAAGCACCCUACCAACAGUACCAAGCGCUUCUGCAACUGCUAGAUCAACUGAGAUUACAAAUCCAACAAUAACUGCAAAAACUACAGUUCCAAGAACUUCACCCAUACAACCUCUUGUCACAAUGAAGUCAACAACUGAACAUACAACAUCAAUUUCUACCACACCAAACAUGACUACAACCAUCACUACUCCUUCCAUAACUACCACAACAAAGAGAACCAUAACCACUAUACCAAGGUCUACGCCUGCUGCCUCAUCAACCACUGCUUCAACAGAGACAGAACAAGUACGGUUCACCUCACCAUCCUUCAAGACCACUAUCAAAAAGGAAAUAACAACCUCCUCAUUGCCUACUCAAACCCUAUCUCAAAGCAUAACUUUCAGCAAGCCUGAACUAACAACAGCAGGCAGUGAGGAAAUCCAAACAACCACUCUGCCCCAACCAGAAGUUGUCACCCACAUAAGAACGAUGACACAGCCUGUGCAGCAUCUUGUCUCUCAGACACAGACCUUCCCUGCCACAUCCACCAGCAGCACCUCUGUCCCAAGAGAGACCAGUCCUGCCACCAGCCCAGGAGUUCCACUGGCAAGGACAUCUCCAAGCCUGAGCUCUUUGCCUGCGACCUCAGCCUCAUCUGCUUCUUCCCUUUCCUCAACUGUGUCCUCGACAUGGCUGGGAACAUCACAUCCUGCCUUCACCCAUAAAAAGUCAACCGUGCCACACAUUGAGCCACCUCUGACCACACAGAAGACCAUGACUGUCACCACCUCCAUCAGCAGCACCUCCAAGACCUCUGUCUCCACAGAGACCAGCCCACCAAGCAGCACAGAACUCCCUCUGACAACAACAUCUCCAAAUCCCAGCUCUCCACCUGCCCCCAGCAGCCCACUCAGCACCCGGCUGCCAUCUGCUGCCUCGUCUACAUUUUCUUCUUUGUCUGCAACCGUCAGCACAAUGCCUACACCUACACCCCUCACUACCUCCACAUUUAGGUCUGCUGAGAGUACUCCGUAUUCUUCUUUCCAAAACACCACAUUGCCUCCAUAUGGCAAAACAUCUUCCUCAGCCGUUCCUACCAGUAUCUCUGCCAAAUCCACUCCAGAGUUGGUCCCGACUGUUUUAUCCACAACACUGACAUUUGCUCCCCUUGUGAUCACUACUGCUUCUACAGAGUCAGUUGAAAGGAGCACCUUGCGAACAACAACAUUAACCACUGCCCGCACGACAUCAUCUCCUUCUUUCACCUCCAGACUUUCAACGUCCUUGUCUUCUAUUGUGCCAUCGACAGUUCCACAUGAUCAUUGUAGAGAAGUUGAAUAUGAAGAAAAAAUAACUUACAAAGGCUGUUCUGCAAAUGUCACUUUAAGCCGAUGUGAAGGAUCAUGUCCAUCUUCAACAAAGCUGAAUGUUGAGAACAUGAUGGUCACCACAGCAUGCGGGUGCUGUCGGCCACUUCAGCUUCUUAAGAAGGAAUUCCAACUACCAUGCCAAGACCCAGAUGACCCUGGAAAAAGGCUCACUAUAGACAUAACUGUAUUUAGUGGUUGUGAUUGUAACUUUGACAGUUGCAUACACUAGACUUGAAGUCAGGCUUCUGAGCAGCUGCCUGGACUGUCAGUGACCUUGACAGAUAAAUUAUUCCUGAUCAGGAGGGUGGGGUGCAGAGAGGAAAGAAAGAAUGGGCAGCGUGAAGUUCGGGAGGGAAGACCAUGUCAGAGACUGUAUGGCCCUGUUCAGGGUGAUAAUAUUUAACCAGAGCCUAAAAACUGGCCCACGCGCUGUGCAGUAACAGAAAUUUGACUUUCAAAUAAAGUAGAAGGAACUGAA